AUGAGCCGCGUUAAUAACGACCUGCCGGUGGAGCCAAUCGAAAAUGCGACAGGUCCCCCGUUCUUGACUAUUCCAAGCAAAGAUCACAAUGUCCAAGUUGUAAUACUUGACGACUUACCAGAUGGACCAUUAUAUGAGCUCUGGUCACUCCUUACAGGCAUAGCUCCUGUCCGAUUAUCAGCGAUCCGCGCAUCGCCCGAGGAACACCAGUCAAUCACGGACGGCUUGCACCCUCACAAUAUCAUCGUACCAUUGCCCGGCGGCAGUAAUCCCCUGUGGCAAAACGAUUGGGAAGACCGCAACUGCACAGAUUCGGUGAACCUUAGGGUCUUUGUCAAUCGCAUCAAAACUCACUACAUGCUGACCCCCUUGACAAAGACACCUUCUCGGCCGAAGGGGAUGCUGAAUCUGCUCUUCAUCGACCGGACGGGACGGCGUAAACUCGAAGGCGCUGAGGCAUUGCUAAAAGCCGUCGAAGUAAAGUACCCGAACGUCAACGUGUCGUCAGUGGACUUCGAACUCUUGUCCAUACCAGAGCAGUUGGCAAUGAUACAGCGGACCGACAUAUUAGUCGGAGUACAUGGUGCUGGUUUGACGCACACCAUGUUUAUGACCCAUGGCGCUGUGGUUGAAAUCAGGCCUCCUAAUUUUCAACACAAGGGAUUCAAGAACCUGGCUCAGAUGAUGGGUAUAAAAUACUUCACGGGCCACGGUGAGCUUCCGGCGAGCCAUGAGAUUGGGACUAAACCCAAUUGGCAGACUGAUGAUGUUGCGAUCGAUCAGGAUUCGUUUCUGGGGCUGAUAGACCAAGCGAUUAGAGGGUUGCGGGACGAUGGUAGUUUGAAAGAAGUAAGAGGCAACUUGGUAUAG